CAGGGCCCGUACAUAGCUGUUUGUGAUCGCAAAAUAUAUGCACGCGUUCUUCUUGAAUUUAAAGCAGAGUUUAAUUAACUACAAUUGUCUUUUUUUUAACACAUGCAUAAUGCUAACAAGCUUUUGUGUUUGUUGGCAUUAGUUAUAAUUCGGAACUGCUCAAAGCAAAGUGAGAAAAUGAUUUAGUUGCUUCUGCUGUUGGUUUUUUGUAUCUUGUUUGUGUGUGUGCAAAUGUCGGCGGCAACCAAAUUGCUGUGUGAGGUUUAGUCAAAGCCGUCCAGAUAACUAGACCAAUAAUUUGGUGGCCCGUUCUUUUCGGCAUUUACCGUUUAAUUUGCGAGCCAUUAAUAAAAUGAUACAGGAACUUCCCCGUAUUGUCCUGAAAGGCAAGGAGUUGAGAAAAUUUCUCUAUCUGAAGCGCAAAUAUCCUGUUUCGCAGGAGUUUCUGCACAGGAACUGGGGCAAUGCGAAGCGCUUUAUUAUUUACGCUUUAAAUCCACGCUGUGUCCUGCGCACCUAUGCCUGGCGUAAGCGCAAUAAUCGGGUCCUGCUCAUACGCCGUGCCCGUCUCCUUCUCUUCGACCCGCGACUGAAACGCAUGAUUAAGCGACGUAAAGCUAAUACUAAGCAAUGGUCGUCGCAUAUUGUAAGAUAUUACAAAACAAUGGGCCAAAUAGAAGAGUACGAGGAGACGGAACUGUAUGGCGAGGAGUUGUCCAAGCAGAUGAAACAGCAAUUGGAGCUGCUGAAGAGCAGCAAGCGCGGUCUCUCCCUGAUCGAAGAUGCGAACAAAAAUGUGGAACUACCUCAAGAGAAGCCAGGGGAGAAGAUAGAGGAACGGAUAGAAGAGAAGAAAGCGCAAAUGCUGGUAAAAGAGGAGGAGUUAGAAGAGCAACAGGUAGAGGACGAGCCUGCCAAAUUAGUAGCAAUCAUUGAAGGUACCUUUAAAAAACAUGAUACAUCUAAAGAAAAGCCUGCCAUAAGACCAACUCCUGGCAAGGACUCGCCGGCCAUAGCCGUGGUGCUGCCCAGCAGCAAAGCUGAAAAACGGCCUGAACUGUCGCCGGAAAAGACAGCGGGCAGCAAAUUUUUGGACAUGCUAAUGAAUAAAGUGCGUGUCAAGACUUUUGCCAAAGAAUUGAAUUUCUCCAGAUCUGCAAAUGAAUUGCAUGGUAGCUUCAAUAAGCCUGCAUCUGAGGCAAAAUCUGACUUUAGCUUCAAUGAUGAAACGAGCGAAGACUUCGUUGGCUUUGAUGAGAGCGCCCAUCAGCCGGGCAUGCUGCUGACGCCAUUGGUGCCGCAGAGCUGCAAAACAGUUGACGGCAACGGGGCCUUUGUUAGCGACGCACUGGAAGCGUAUAUGAAGAAGAACAACCUGCGGGAUACGCGUUCCGCGGAUCGGGAGCUGCUUGAGCCCAUGUACCAGGAUGGACGCGUCACGGCGCACAGUGUGCCGCCGCAUAUGGACAUGCCGGCGGUGCCGGACAGCUUACAAAAGCUUCGUACUGUUGCCGAUCGUCGGCAUUAUCUGCAGCGCUCAAAGAACCAAAAGAUGGCCAUCAUCAAUAACGAGGCGAACAUCUAUCGCGAGCUGCAGCGCAAACAACGACAGCGCAAGGUGAAGAUUGCUGCAAUGCAACAGCUGCAGUCGUCCAGCACUAAAAUGCCCUUCACUCGGCAGGGCUGGCAGGCGGCCAGUUACGUGGCCACAGAGACAGACAAGUAUUACUACCAGGUCAUACGCAUCGAUGGCGAAAUGGUGCGUCUGCCUGGCAGCCGGGGUAACAAUGUGCAUCGCGAGAAGCAGCCGCAUCGCAGCACGCUCACUGCGCAGGAGCUGGCCACGCUGAAGUGUCGCAGAAAAUGCGUGGACGCGGCUUUGCGGAAUGAGUUGAAAGUGAUCCCCACGCGCCAAUGUCAGCUCAAAGGCAAGCUGCAGAAGCUCAAUCAGUAUCCAUUGCCUGCUAUAUUUAGGCCCUGCCCGCUCUCACAGAAGCCGUAUCAGAAGCCACUGGACGAUGAUACAGCCGCGCUGUUACUAGCCGGCGGGAGCAUGGCUGUGGUCAGUAUGCCCACAGUGCAGCUGGACGUGAAGCCGCAGCUGGGCCGGCCUCUGAAUGAGAUUGCCAAACGUUAUUUGCAGUACAUUCUUCCGCAUCAUGACAUAACACGCGAGUGGGCCGAGUUCAGUGUGUCCACGCUGCGGGAAUCGCCCAAUAGCAUGCGUGAGGCAGAGGCACAGGCCGCCGCCCAGUCCACAAAUGUGGGCAGGCGCAAGAGCUUCACUUUUGUGAUACCCUAUAUGAACGAUCGCAAUCAUAUUCUGGUGCGACGCGUUGUAGAUCGUUCCGAGCAGCUGGAUGAGAGCUUUAGAGCUUCGCAGCCACCGGGGAAGCUGCGCGAAUUAGAUUUUCGCAAACUGUUGCCCAAAAAUCCAGAUCCCAUUGCCUUGGACUGUGCGGAUAUGGUGAAUGACAUGAUUAACACGGUAGCCAUCAGCUGCAGCGAGAACUCGUUCAUCAGUGUUGAUCCCGAUGCGGCACGUGGUGCCACUCCAGAUAUAAGUCCCAUUAAGGAAGAAUUUGCUGCUGCAGGCAAGUCGGAUGUGACUGAAGCCGAUGGCCUAUCCAAGGCGGGUCUUAAAUUGGCCAACAACAAGCCACGCCCCAACAAACAACAGCGUUUAGCUAAAGAGCUGCGCCGUCUCAAUGCCACCAUCAUCGAUGCGGCCGCCAUAGCCAAGGACGCGAAUAAGCCUUGCAUCAAGGAUCAUUGCCAACUGGGAUGUCUCUGCGAGAGCGUGGCCAGUGAGCUGCCCCCUCGGGAGCAUUGUGGACGCGCAGAUUGCGUGCUGGAAUGCCGCUGCACGGGCGCCGAGUUAACACGGAUUAUGCGUGUGGAAACAGACGGUCGCGGACUUUCAAACGAGGAUGCCUUCAACUUGCGUCGCAAGGCAACAGCACGUUUAGCCAAAAUGGAAAAGGACUUCACUUCGACGCUGGUCCUGACUGAUAACGAGACUCUGCUCAUCAACGAGACGCAGUGUGACAAGAAACGUCGUUGCACUAAGGUACCCAAGCGCUACGAGGACUUCGAUGACUCCAUCGAGGAUGACGAGGGACUGAUGCGCCCCGGCAAGGUCGCAAAGCGUGAGGCCAACAUCAAACGCGCACCCAGCAGUACCGAGAGCAUCAAUACGUCGCUCAUUGAGCCUUGCUCGAUCAAGGACACGGACUUUGAUCAGCUCAAGCACUGCCAGGUGUCCUUGCGGCGUCUGCCCGAUGUCGCUAAUUUGGCUACCUUCUGCAUGACCCAUCAGCUGUAUAAAUGCUUCUGCGGCGGACUAGCGCUCGAGGGCAAGCCCGUUGUUAUUGAAAAGGAGCAAGCGGAUCUCCCUAUACCUCACUAUGUUCCCGAGUUGGCGACGCGCGCUCACUACAGCUUCGAGCGGCCGCCGGAGGAGUCCAACAAGAAACGGCGCAAGGAGAAGCCCCAGGCACAGAAAUUACCUCCGUUGGUGCUGAAGUUGCCACAGCCACAAAAGCAAACGCCGCAGGUACUAAAAAUUCCUUUGCCACAGAAGCAGCAACAACCACAGCAACAGGUACAACCACCGAAGCAAGUAUUGCCGCAAAAGCAACAGCAACAGCAACAGCAGAAGCAGGUAGUACCACAGAAGCAGCUAAACAAAGAGGUGGCUACCAUUAGACUUCAGCCAAUUAAGUUGCUUCCGAAACCGGCGACUGUUUUGAAAGUGAAAAUACCGCAGCCGCAACGUGUAGCACCCGCACAGAAAUCAGCUGUGGUAGCGGUGCCACAACGUACCGCCGAGCUGGACAUAAUCUUUGGCUAUUAUCGCUUACGUCCCCAUUUGUGUCGCCGUGCAGUGUCCGUGCCCAGAAAUUGUUAUUUGCGUUUGAAUAGACUCCGCGCGAAUCGCAUUCGCUCGGAGGUGACACGAGCUGAGACAGCGGAAACGCAGGCGCUGCUCGAUAAACGUGUUUUGAAUGCUGUUAGCUACUAUCGCUCCGAGCUAGAUCAACAGCGCCGCUUGGAGCAAUCGCCGCCGACGACAGAGGUAACCAUAAUUGAGGUAGGCGACGAUUCCGAUGAAAGCGAAACGGAGUAUGUUUCACGCAAACGCAGCGCAACGGAGGGAACAAGCUUGGAGGACCCGCGUGUUAAGCGAAAGAAGCUGAAAGCAGAGGAAUCAAAGCAAGCAGCCAAGCAGAAGCAGCAGCCGGCAAUGCAGCCCGCAGCCAAGCUGGAAAUUCAAAUGCCUAAAAUAUCAGCUUGCUACUCGCUGAAUGCCAAUGCCAUAGAUGUUGGCGUGGGCAGCAAUGAGGCGGCUGUUGUGGCUAUCAAUGACGAUAGUCCAAAUGUGGAUUCCGUCUCCUUCCGCGCCUCCUGCAACGAUGUAAUCAAAAAGAUGAACACUCAUGUGAGCAAGAAAAUGCAGGACAUCGAGCUGGCGUUGCAGCGCGAGAGUAAAAUAAUUCCAGCUCCCAAUGAGGAGAUAUUGUGCAUCAUCAAAUGGACCAACUUUUUGGCCGCUUUCGAGUCCAACUAUGUGUUCAUCUGGGAUGUGCAAAUGAAGAACUACAGCUUCCUGGCGGCAACAAUUACGAACAUGAUGCCAGCGGUCUGUGGAGCCAUUGCCGUGGUGAACACGCACUUUGCACCCGAUCGCAGCACCUUGCCGCUGAUGGCACGUAUGCUGCUUGAGGGUAAGCGAAAUGAGAAUACGAGUCGUUUGGCUGUGGUCAUGCAGGGCAGGCAGCAGUAUUGGCUGGUCAAGGGCUUUCUGCGCUACAUGGAGGGCAAUGCGUGCACCAAGCCAACGCCACAAACACAUCCCAUACUGACAAAGAAGAUAAAUGUUCUCUGUACGCUGAUGGUGAAGCAGCGGAUAAGGGAGCAGCAGCGCCAACAGCGGGCAUCAACAACUAGCCCGGCAAGUGCUCGAAGUCUAUCUGCAGUUCCUUCUCCUGCUCUGUCCUCAGUUGCAGCAGCCACUGCGAGCACACCAGCUACGGCUACUUCCACAUCCCUAUCAGUAUUAGUUUCACCUACAGCUACACCGGCACCUGCAGAUACAUCCACAUCGGAGGAGACGCUGUCUAACGACAGCAAGGAGCCGUCGCUCAUUUGCAGCAACAUUGAGUUUCGCAAGGUCAUUGAAUCAGACAUUGCGGAUCUGCGAAUACCGGAGACCAACACGGAUGAUCAUCGUUGGCUGGUGCUUAAUUUGUAUGAUGACUUCUCGCAUAUCUUUGUUCCUGCGUUCAAGGACAUGAUCUCAUUGGAUCGCAUACAUAAUGUGGCCCGCGUUGCGCAUGACACCAAUAAGAUGGUAAAGCUGCAAUUCUUUCAGGAUGCCCCCUAUGAUGCCUUCGUAACGCCUACAUCCAAGCGCAAAAUCUACUUUGGACCGCUGCGCCUGGAUACGCCGCCUCCUGUGUUGGUGCUGUUGCAAAGUGUGGACGGAAAAAUGAUGCUGCGCGAGGUCUACCAGCGGAAUCACAACAUUCCGGUGCAGCGGGACAGACGUACCAUGGCCUUUUGGCUCCUCCAGAUCAAUGGCAAAGUGCACUUUGAUAUUGAUUUGACAGCAACGGUGAAUUCGUCACCAGAGUCAAACAGCUUGGAGCCUGUUGCUGCAGAACCACAGGAGGCGGACACAGAUGAAGAUGAUUGUGUCAUAAUUAUCAAUGACGAUGACGAAGAUAAAGCAGAGGAUGAGCUGGAUGUGCUGUCCGCGAAGGAACAGCUAACGCAGCAGUCGAAGCAGGAUCAGCCUGCAGCUGCGCCUCUUGUUAACUUCACCAUACAAAAAAUGAACUACGGAAGCGUUGGGAGCCUGCAUAUAACAACAGCUGCUCCACACACCGGUGCCAUGGUCAAGGAGAUUAGGAGUACUGAUCUCCCCGCUGGCUUUGUGCCUUUUGUAUCAAAUGUGCCUGCCAUGGGUGACGCAGCGCUAGUCACACAAUUUCUAACUCCACAGGUGCAGCUUACCCAGACGAAAGCACCGUCGCCCCCAGCUGUGAUCACCAGCGAAGUUAAUGCAGAGUCGCCGCCACUUAAGAUAAGUCGCAUGUCAGCGCAGCAGUGUGCUUCGACGGUGAUAGCCGGUGCAGCAACUGCCGCCAAAGAUCCGUCGGCACCUAAAAUCAACAAUACGCUGCAGCAGCUGUUGAGCAACAGCAAUGGCAAUAUUAAAAUAGGCCACCCAACGGCGAGCUUGACCAUUACUAAAAUGAAGAUCAAGGAUAGCAACACUCCACGGCCUGCUGUUGAGCCUAUAAAAAUUGGUGCCAAGCGCAAGAUCCAGGAGCUGCCCACGGCUAUGGCUGAUAGCUCUGGACAACCCACGUUGCUGAAGCAAACAUCUGCAAUUGGCCACUUGCCACAACGUCAGGUGCGGGCACAGCAUCCAAAAUUGGCGGGCAAGGCAGCUCAGUCCACAGUGAUUAAAACUUUGCCCGCGAAGCCGUCCGUUGCCAUCGAUCCAAGACAAUCACCGACUGCUAAGGAAAAAAAUGGAUUUCUGGUGGCCAAGAAUUUGCCCCGUUUCAGAGCCAAGAUAGUCGAUAGCAAGCUCAUGGUCAAGAUGCCCGACGAGGUCCUUUACUCGUUCAAAACCCGUAACGCCGCCAGCGACUAUCUCAAUCGCCAUUUGUCCCGUGAGCUUAGCCUGAAGGGCUCUUUGCCAGGCGAUUGGAAAUUUCUGCCAUUUGAGAAUAGAACUCAGAACCAAAAGGAGCCGGUCGCAUCACCCAUUGUAAUCGAAGAUUGAAUAGAUGGAAAGGAAACUUAGUUUCCAAAAAGAAAGCAAAAAUAUACCCGCGCAGCAUCCAACAUAGAAAAAACUCAUUUAAUGUAUAGAGAAUUAAGUUGUUAAUUUAUCCUUAAUUGUGAAUUGAAGGAAACAUAUUUUUUUAUUUAGUUAAUAUAUAAAAUAUCCAACGAGCGAGAGAGACGGAGAGAUAGCACAAAAAUAAACAAAUUAUGAA